AUGAGCACUGGCGUCGCCGAGUUCUUCGACGACGACCAGUUCCUGCUCGGCGAGAUGUCCGAGGCGGACCUCAUCGGCAGCCCGAUCCAGGUACAGAUCCUGGAAAACGGCAUUGCCCCCUCGAAGGGGCAGGGUACGGCCUACUGCAAGUCGCUCGUGAAUGGCAUGUGCAACCCGAACCCUGUCGUGGCGACCGCGAACGUGGACGGGAAGGACAUCGACGUCCAGGUGGAGCUGGCGGUGGUGCUCUCGUCGUCCCCGACGAACUUCCUGAAGAGCCAGACCAAGAGCAUCAGCCUGCGCUUCCCCACUGUGACCGCGUCUGGGGAGACGUCGCCGAGAAGCUGA